CCACAAUGGCCAAGAAAAUGAAACUUCCUUCUCUUCUCAAAAACACACAACACAACAAACCUUCUUCAUCAUGGCCUUGGCCUUCUUGUCACCAACCAAAAACACUCUCCUUCAGAGCCAACACCAAUGACACCACAUUCAACACCAUUAACGCAGCACUCUUAGAUGCCACCAUGGACAUGUUAGAGACCUCUCACUCCUUCUUCACUGUCUCUCCUGACUCUGCCAGCUUCUCCACCGCCUCAUAUGAAGAUUCAGUGAUUCGUGGCUUGCGUUCUGACCGUUUGUUCUUCGAGCUAGAUGAGACUAGUUCUAUAUUGGAAGCUAAAGCACGAACCUUACCCUUCAAAGACAGCGUGGUGUUGUCCAUGGAAUCUCAAGACCCUUACGUGGAUUUUCGAAAGUCCAUGGAGGAGAUGGUGGCGGCUAAAUGUGUUAAGGAUUGGGAGGGUCUUCAAGAGCUUUUGUGUUGGUAUUUGAGGGUCAACGGUAAAAGCAACCAUGGUUAUAUUGUUGGCGCUUUCGUUGACUUAUUGGUCGCUUCUUCUUCUUCCUCACUGUCUUCUUCUGAUUCCCAUUCUCCUUCUUCCCCUUUAUCUUUUUAUAGUUCUUCUCUUUCUUCCUCUUGCAGCACUCGUUGUGUGUCUUGUUUGGAAGCUGAGGUAGAGGUUGAUAUAGCUACUCCUAGUUCUUCUUUGUUGUUAGAACGAGUUAGGGAAGAUGAGGCUUCAUCUUCUUCGGUUUCAAUUAAUUAAAUAUUUUGUUUAACUGUAUUUUUAUGUAUACUACCUAGUAGUUAAUAAUUAGUCACAUUUUUUUUGUUUCAUGGCUUCCAUGGCUUCCACGGCUUUCCCUAUCUUAUGGAGUUCACACGUGUGGAACAAAUGCAACCGUGUGAAGGGAAAUGGAGAUAGGUUGUCGAUUUUUGUUUCCUUUACUAUAUGGGAAGACAAGGUGAGGAAGUUCCUAUAUUUGUCUUAAUUAUGCUAUGCUUACUAUUUUUGUAAAGUCAUUAUCUCUUGUCGAUCUAUGUAUAUGUGGCUAAA